CCCAGAUUGUCAUGAAUAGCGUAGGCUACGUAAAAUUAUGGUUCAUGAAGUUCCCUAUUGGACACCGGACACAAUCUUAUUAAAGCCUGUUGCCCUGUGCACAAUCGACCAGGAGAAAAGAAAUGUCAGACUAUUAUUCAGCCCUUCAGGCUUUGACUUCAAGAGUAAUUCCCAUGUAAUGUCCAGGUGCAGUUCUCUUGGAAGAAAUUGACGCUAUCAGUGCAGAGUGUAGUGAAAGAAGGUCAAGGAGGACCACAAUUCCUUUUCUUGGACAUGUCAACCUUAUUACAGGAAAAUUAAAGGAAGGGUUGCCAGUUCUGUAGUUACCUCCCACUGAAACACUACCCAGGGACGGAUCACAACUAUUCUCGCUGUGUGUAUUUUGCAAAUAUGAUGAUGUCACCAACUCGACACUUUCUUCAACCGAUAGUCAUGGCGGAGCAACAAUUCCUAAACUUUCACUGAUCACUGAAGUCAGCUGUCUAUGGCAAUGGAGCACAUUCAAGGAGCCUGGAAGACUCUCAGCAACGGGUUCGGGUUCAAGGACUCUGUGUUCGAGGACGCCUGCAUGUCCCCCACCAUCAUUAAAGGCUUCCCCUACCAGAGACGAGCGUCAGACGACGGGAAGAUCCCAGACUCCACCAAAACAAGCAGCACAAUCCGAGUGUACCUCCCCAAUCACCAGCGCACUGUGGUGAAUGUGCGUCCUGGGAUGACCUUGCACAACUGCCUAAUCAAAGCUCUCAAGGUCAGGGGGCUUCAGCCAGAAUGUUGUGCUGUCUUCAGACUACAUCCAGGACAGAGAAGUAGAAAAACCCGCAUGGAUUGGAACACAGACUCGACCUCACUCAUCGGAGAGGAGCUGCUGGUAGAAGUGUUAGACCACGUACCUCUGACAACGCACAAUUUUGUUCGGAAAACAUUUCUGAAGUUGGCCUUCUGUGACAUCUGUCAGAAGUUCCUGCUCAACGGCUUCCGAUGCCAGACUUGUGGCUAUAAGUUCCAUGAACACUGCAGCACCAAAGUCCCCACCAUGUGUGUCGACUGGAGCAACAUCCGUCAGCUCCUGUUGUUCCCAAACCCAGGUGAAGGCGGGGGUCCGUCCCUUCCCCCUCUCACAACCCGUCGCAUGAGAGACUCUCUGUCCAGGUUCCCUGUCAGCUCUCAUCACAGACAUUCAACGCCUCACGCCUUUAACUACAUCACGCCCUACCCGCCCUCAGGACCCGCCCUCUCCCAUCGCCAGAGGUCAACGUCAACGCCCAACGUCCACAUGGUCAGCACCACCCUGCCCGUGGACAGCGCCGCCUUCGAGCUAGAUAGACUGAAAGCCCCUGCUAGCUCCUGGUGCCGGCGCUUCUGCCAGAGGAGAAGAGUAGGGACUGUUUGUUUCUCCAACCCUUUAAUUGAUGCCACCCAAGAACACCCCGAAAAGGAUGCAUUAAAAGGUCAUGAGUCUGGGAGCCCUCCAAAUGUGAGCCCCACCGGCUGGACCCCGUCAAGAGCCCCAGCUCCCAUGCACAGGGAAAAAGCUGCCUCAUCCAACACUCAGGAAAAGAACCGAAUCCGUCCAAGAGACAAGAGAGACUCCAGUUACUACUGGGAGAUCGAGGCCAGUGAGGUGGUGCUCCACUCCCGGAUAGGCUCUGGCUCGUUUGGGACCGUCUACAAAGGGAAGUGGCAUGGUGAUGUAGCAGUAAAAAUCUUAAAGGUCACCGACCCCACACCAGAGCAAUUCCAGGCCUUCCGCAAUGAGGUGGCUGUUCUCAGGAAGACUCGACAUGUCAACAUCCUGUUGUUCAUGGGGUACAUGACGAAGGACAAUCUGGCCAUUGUGACCCAGUGGUGUGAUGGUAGCAGCCUGUACAAGCACCUGCACGUCCAGGAAACCAACCUCCAGAUGUUUCAGCUGAUUGACAUUGCGAGGCAGACAGCUCAAGGCAUGGACUAUUUGCAUGCAAAGAAUAUCAUUCAUCGAGACAUGAAAUCAAACAACAUCUUUCUUCACGAGAGUCUGACUGUGAAGAUCGGGGACUUUGGCCUGGCCACAGUGAAGGCCAGGUGGAGUGGCUCUCAUCAGGUGGAACAGCCCUCAGGAUCUAUACUGUGGAUGGCUCCAGAGGUACUUCGGAUGCAGGACAAUAACCCAUACAGUUUCCAGUCUGAUGUGUACUCCUAUGGAGUGGUCCUCUACGAGCUGAUGACGGGGGAGCUGCCCUAUUCCAUGAUCGCUAACAGAGACCAGAUUAUCUACAUGGUUGGACGGGGCUACCUCUCUCCAGACCUCAGUAAGCUGUACAAGGGCUGCCCUAAAGCCAUGAAGAGGCUUGUUGCUGACUGCAUCAAGAAGUCCAGAGAUGACAGGCCGUUGUUCCCACAGAUCCUGUCCUCCAUCGAGCUCCUGCAGCACUCCCUGCCCAAAAUCAACCGCAGCGCCUCCGAGCCCUCCCUGCACCGAGCCACGCACACGGAGGCCAUCAACGCCUGCACUUUGACCUCCACGCGACUUCCCGUCUUUUAAGCACAGCGCCUCUCCUGGUCGCGUCUCCACGCAACGCCAAGUGCCCCCCUGGGAAUCAAGAGGACCCACCUUACAACACUAGCAUGCCGAUUGGCUCCAAGGCUUAAGCACAUUUAGCAUUACUGAGGCUGUAGCCAGCCAGGCUUGACUUGCACACUUUGAGUGCUUCUUUCUUCGAACCAGUACUUCAAAUGGUGGGAGGUGUCAUUGGAUGACAGAAUGGUCUAAAUAUGAAUUUUGAAAAUCUAAAGAACAUGGUCCCCAGGAGAGACAUGUCCUCUAAUGCGUUGUGUUCUGUGCUUACACAGCCCUUUUCAUACGUUAGUAGAACUUUUUUUUUCUUUCUUGUGAAGGGCAAGAUAUGAAGGAAUGGAAGAAGGUUUAUAUUUGAAAUCUGUUGUUCCUUUGAAACAUAGAUGAUUACAACAGGGCUUUUUGUUCUUAAAUCUGACCUGAAUCAAAGAAGUCUAUGUUGUCUCAGGUCAAUAUCUGGAGAGUUUUAAAGAAAUGUAGCAAUUUGAAUGUUAUCCAUAUAGCAGGGAUGUAAUAGACAGUGGUUCUUUUGGAUGGUCUAGAUGUACAGUUCUAAUUGAUGCAUUUCUUCACGUUGUUCACAUUUAUGUGAGAUGAAAAGGCAUUUUGGUGUCCCCUCUCUGCAGAGGGUAUGUGUGUAUGGUGUUUGCUUUAUAGGAAUGCUGCAAGGAGAUUUGAUCUGACUUUCUAAGGCUAUAUCAAAGAACCGUGGAUCAUUGGAUAGGGCCUCUUCAGAAAUGAUUAGGGAUUUGUUUUUUUUUGUCUUAUUGCUUAUCACUGAGGAUAAACUUGUAAACCUGAAAGACUGUUUAUCCAUUGUAUUUUAAUCAAAUUAAGUUAAAUACUUUAUGACUGGUGACAUUGUGUACAUACCCCAAAAUACAUUUUCUUUAUUUGACUACA